AUGAGGCUCUUAUUAUUGAUAUCAUGUGUGCUGAUUGCAAUCCAUGCCCGCAAUGUUGCUGAGUCUAAAGGUGAAAAGUCCGAAUUGGCUGCAGAGGCUGGUGUAGAUCUAUCAGCAGCGGGUAGUGAACCAUCAUCCGCAGAUCAGGCUCUAGCUGGAACCGAGCACAAAAAAGCAAAGGACAGUCAUCACGAACAAGGAGGUGGUCACGAGCACCACGCUAAGCAUCACGAAGAACACGGAGAAAAAGGUGACAAGGGUUACAAGUCUCACCAUCAUCACGACAAAGGCGAUCAUGGACAUCAUGAAAAACAUCACCACGAAGGCCACCAUGACGAACAUGGAGGGCACAAAAAGAAACAUCACGACGAACAUGACCACCACGGCGAACAUCAUGAAGCAGCGCAUGGACACAAAGGAGGAAAAUUCGGUCACAAAAAGGGACAUAAGAAAGGUUCUAAAACGACCGGUUUCCACCACAAAUCACACAAAGAUGAAUACCAUAAGGAACACAAGUUCUAUGACGACUUUCACAAAGGCGGCCAUCACCACAAACAUGGAGAUUUCCACGGCCAUCACGACAAGAAAGGAGGACAUCACAAAAAGGGCGGACAUCACGAAAAGGGACAUCACGAAAAACAUCAUGGCAAAAAAGGACAUCACGACAAAGGGCAUUACGACGAGGACCACAAAGGUCACAAAGGGCACCACGGUCACGAGGAGCACCACGCCCACCACCACGACCACGGCAAGAAAGCAGGCCAUGCAGGCGGCAAAGAAUUCGGAUAUAGCCACGGAAAGAAAUCAUAA